AUGGUCGAUGUGGACUCUCCCCAUGUGUCAAGCGUCACCUCCGACUUCAAGGACCAAGCCGUAAAGACAGAGACUCAAGCUGAGCGCAUGGCUCAGGAGGCCGACCACAAGGCUCGCGUCGAAUCUGCCCGUGCCGAGGAGAAGGCCAAAGAGGAGGCGAACAAGGCGAAAGAGAAAGCUGAAGAGGCAAAGAACAAGGCCGCCGCCAAGGGCAAAGAGGUCAAGAAGGCUGCCAAACAAGAAGCCCGUCACCUUGACGCGAACAAGGACAACCCAGUCUUCGUCGGUAAUGCUAUUUUGUGGACAGUUACUGCUGUGGCUGUGGCUGUCGGCGCUUAUCAGAAGCACACCGAAGGCAAGCUUGACGUUGAGCUUGCUGGCAAGGUCGCCCUGGGUCUUGGUGUACUUGGCGCCGCUGAUUAUUUUGGCAGCAAGUGGCUAGUUGAGAACAAGUUUCCGGUCGAUAAUAGCAACAAAUGA